AUGAGCUCAGCAGCCCAUCCCUACCUGCCCGCCCGGAAGUGCCGCCGCCGGCGCCGGGAAGAGCGCCCUGCGCACGCGCAGUGCGUCAAGCGGCGGCGGGCUGAGAGCCCCGCGCAUGCGCAGAGCGUCAAGCGGCUGCGCGCGGGACGACUCCGCGCAUGCGCAGAGCGCCCCGCGAUGCUGCCGCUGCCGCCGCGCCUUCCCCUCCUCCUCUGUGAGGGGCUCCCCCCGCUCCCUCAGGAUCCCCCAUGCCCGCGUCCCCCUCAGCCCACGCCGCCCUUCACCUUCGUCCCCCGCCGCCUCCGCCUCGGCCCCCAACACCCGCUCUUCGAGGAUGGGGACGUGCACAGGCACCUCUACCUGCAGGGCGUCCUCACCAGCCUGGAGGAGGUGGCCGAGAGACCCAAGGUGUCCGAGUUCAGCUGCCACAUCUCUGGGUGCAGCCAGGUGUUUGACACGCUGGAGAGCUACGAGCACCACUACAACACCCUGCACAGGAACGUCUGCUCCUUCUGCAAGCGCUCCUUUCCCUCUGGGAACCUCCUGGACAUCCACAUCUUGGAGUGGCACGACUCCCUCUUCCAGAUAAUGGCCGAGAAGCAAAAUAUGUACCAGUGUCUGGUGGAAGGCUGCACGGAGAAGUUCAAGAGCAGCAAGGACAGGAAGGAUCACUUGGUGACCGUGCACCUUUAUCCUGCUGAUUUUCGGUUUGACAGGCCCAAGAAGGUGAAAUGUGGCUCCAAGCACUCGAGCUCUCCUCUGGAGCAGGGCACCAGCAUGCCCAUGGAUGUGAGCGUGGAGAUGGCAGAGCAAUUCCAAGUGAAUCCCAUGGAAACAGGGCCUGAGGAGAACAUGGAGAUCUCUCAGCCUGCAGCCAGCCCCGGCCCCUCGCUGCCAGAGAAACGGCUCUACAAAUCCAGGAUCCCAUCCACAAUUUGCUUUGGACAAGGUGCCACCCGAGGAUUUAAAGGACCACGGAAGAAAGUCUGAAGGUCAGCACAGCAGAUUUUGUGCAUGAUGAGCAGGCAUGGAGCCAGUGCCACCAGGGAUAUUUCCAGUUCCCACUCCAUGGAAUAAACCACCCAAACCAGUUAAAGCUCUGCCAGCAUUUGGGCACGGGUUCCUGAUGUCAAACAGAACUGACACCACCUGACUGAGUUAAGAAUCCACAAGAUUUUAGGAAGGGGAGCCCAGAACAUGUGGUGAGGUGUUAAGGAAACUGUCCUGCAGCUGAAGCUGCACAGGAUUGGGUGUUUUAGUUUUUGCCUCUUGGGGGUAAAAAACGGAUUCAAGAAGUUACAAGAUGACAACAUGACUGUAUGGAAGCUGGAAUCACUGAGAAAAGAAAAUGGAGGGAAAAAAAAAACAUUGGUCCUUUGUUCUGACUUUCUCCAUCUUGCUGAAGUCUCCUCUGCACCCCAGCACCUGCUCUGAAAGGUUUGUCUGGGCCAGGAGAAGCAUUUUCACAGGGAGUUAAAGUGACUUCCAAUCAGGUGAAUAAAUAAAAGGAAUUUUUACAAAA